AGAGGCUCUGGGCAACAGCAAACUGAGGCAAUGCAGAGAAGAUUGGAGCUUUAUGCAAGCACCAGAUAUGCCAAAAAGCGAAAAUAUAGGCCAAAAGAAAUUGAAAUUGUCACAGGGACAGAUGGAGUGGUUGGAUUGCCCCCAAAAUAUAGGUGUGGAGAGCGAUUAUAUGGUGCAAUAGAUAGGCCAAGUAUGGCCAGAAACGAAGCACAGGGAGUGGAGGAGUAUAAUAGGGGUGGAAGUGGUGAUCAGAAAAUGAUAGGGGCUCACAGGGAGAUCAAACUCAAAA